AUGACACACACUGAGCACGGCAGGGCUCUCCCGGCGUUGGGGAUCCUAACAGCCUUCCCCAGAACGAAGCUCCUGAAUAAUCUCUCUGGGCUGUUUGAGGCGCUGGCUGAACAGGUACAGACUCUCUACACUCAGGUACAGCCUCUCUACACUCAGGGUGAGACGAAGGUGCUGAAGCUGAAAAAUCUGCGACCACAGGACUUCGCCAACUACACCUGUCAGGUGUCCGUGCGCAAUGUGUGUGACAUCCCUGACAGCGAGGUCACCUUUCAGCUCACUAGCGCCACCUCUCCCCCGUCUCUGCGGCUCUCUGUGAACGAGACCCUGGUGGUGGACCCCGGGACCGACGUCACCAUGUCGUGUGACGUGACCGGGGGCGAGCCCGUGCCGACUGUGCUGUGGUCCCGGUUCCCGGCCCCCCUGCCUCCCUGGGCUCAGGCCCGGGGCAGCACCCUGAGCCUGCGCAGGGUCACGCCCCGAGACGCCGGCUUCUACAGCUGCACUGCGGUCAACAACGUGGGCAACCCCGCCAAGAGGACGGUCAACCUCAUCGUGAGAGUCUUAAGGAACAUCACCUUCCAGAUCACUCCAGACUCCAACAAGGACAGCGAGACUAUCCAGAUGGGUCGUGACCUCAAGCUGUCCUGCCACGUGGACGCGCAGCCACAGGACAAGGUCAGCUACUCCUGGUACAAGAACUCUGCCCCGGUCCAGCCCUCCGAGAGCCUGAUUCUUCUGCGCAGUGACCCUGACAUGGCUCCGGGCACCAGCAGCCUGGAGAUCAUCGACAUGAAGUUCCGGGACCAAGCCACCUACAGCUGUGUGGCCCGGUUUCCUGGGAGCUCUGUGCCCGAGCUAAGAGUCGAUGUCAACAUCACCCAGAGCAGCGUGACCCCCCCUGUGCUGACGGUGCCCCCUGGUGGUAGCAUGGUGACAGUGUCUGAGGGAAAAGGGGCGGAGCUGGUGUGCCUGGUGGAUGGCAAGCCCCGCCCCCCAGUGCUGUGGUCGCGGGCUGAUAAGGACCUGCCCAUGCCCUCCGGGGAGAAUCUGGUGGAGACCAAGGAAGGCCGCCUGAGACUGGACAACGUCACGCGCAACAUGAGCGGCUCCUACCGCUGCCAGACGGCGCAGUACAACGGGCUGAACAUCAAAAGGCGUGAGGCACUGGUCCAGCUCAACGUGCAGUUCCCCCCUAUCGUGGACCCCGUGUUCCAGGAUGUCCGCUCCAAGCUGUUCCAGCGCCUGCCCCUGCGCUGCUCAGUGCUGAAGGCCAACCCCGCACGUAUCGAGCAGGCCACCUGGCUGCUGAACGGGCGCCGCCUGCCGGGAGGGGUCGUUCUUCCCGAGGCCUCGGAGUACGUCAUCGGCACCCUGAGCACCGGCAACAACGGCACCUACGAGUGCCGCAUCAGCAACAGCGCGGGCAGCACGUCCUGUGUCUUCAGUGUGUCAGCCAGGGCUUACAGCCCCGAGUUCUACUACGACACCCCAACCCCCAUCUACACCCUGAGAACCAGCCGCAACUACACCUACGACCUGCAGUGGACGCAGAGGGAGCCCAACGCCGUGGACAAGAUCAUCGGCUACUGGAUCAGCGUGACCCAGAUCCAGAAGAGGCAGACAGUGCUGUCCAAGCAGAUCACGGUGAAGGAGCCUCAGAAAGGCAGCCUGCUCUCCUACAAAAUUCAAGACUUGCGUAUCCCACUGUCCUACGAGGUGCGGCUCACUCCCAUUACCACAUAUGGCCUGGGAGACAGUGCAACCCGGAAUAUCCAGUACUCUGAAGCCUUCAACUACCCUGGACCUUUAGCGGAGCGCGUGUGUGGUUUUGAGGAUGACAGGAUGUGUGGUUUCACUCAGGACCAGAACGACAAGUUUGACUGGAUCCGACAGAACAACCUGACCCAAAACCCCAAGCGCUCGGCCAACACCGGACCCAUUAAGGACCGCAGUAACACAGAUGAAGGGUACUACAUGUAUAUCGAGGCGUCCUCUCCGCGGGUGCAGGGGGACAACGCGCGUCUCAUCUCCCCCAUCUACAACGUUCCCUGA